AUGGCUAAGAGUUAUCUCCUACUAAUGAAUAUGGAAAAGCAGAUACUCGCUUGCCUUGAUUUUACAUCAGACUCUGAAAAUGAAGCUGGAUGUUCUAAAAUGUGGAGGCUGCACCGAAGCUAUCCUGGUGUUGGUGGUGAACAAAUGGCAUUGACAAGUGACUUGCAGAGGCGGUUGCUGUCCAACCCCUGGGCCUUCUACGACUAUGGCACCAACACCUUUUUUUGGCGUGCCCACAUCUUAACUGUGCUGUUCAUCCUCACAUGUUCACUGGGCUAUGUGACUCUCCUGGAAGAAACCCCUCAGGCUACAGCCUACAACACUAAGAGAGGUAUUGUGGCCAGUAUUUUGGUUUUCUUAUGUUUUGGAGUCACACAAGCCAAAGACGGGCCGUUUUCCAGACCUCAUCCAGCUUACUGGUGGUUUUGGCUGUGUGUUAGUGUGGUCUACGAGUUGUUUCUCAUCUUCAUCCUCUUCCAGACAGUCCAGGAUGGCCGGCAGUUUCUGAAGUAUGUGGAUCCGAGGCUGGGAGUCCCGUUGCCAGAGAGGGACUACGGGGGCAACUGCCUCAUCUAUGAUGCUGACAACAAGACUGACCCUUUCCACAACAUCCGGGACAAGCUGGAUGGCUUUGUUCCUGCACACUUCAUUGGCUGGUAUCUGAAGACCCUCAUGCUCCGCGACUGGUGGAUGUGCAUGGUCGUCAGUGUGAUGGUCGAGUUCCUGGAGUACAGCCUGGAGCACCAGCUGCCCAACUUCAGCGAGUGCUGGUGGGAUCAUUGGAUCAUGGACGUACUCAUCUGCAACGGACUGGGCAUCUACUGUGGCAUGAAGAUGCUCGAGUGGCUGUCCUUGAAGACAUAUAAGUGGCAGGGCCUCUGGAACAUUCCAACCUACAAGGGCAGGAUGAAGAGGAUUGCUUUUCAGUUCACACCCUACAGCUGGGUACACUUUGAGUGGAAGCCAGCCUCCAGUCUGCACCACUGGCUGGCCAUGUGUGGCAUCAUCUUGGUUUUCCUGCUGGCAGAGCUGAACACAUUCUACCUAAAGUUUGUGCUGUGGAUGCCCCCUGAACACUACCUGGUCCUCCUGCGCCUGGUCUUCUUCGUGAACGUGGGUGGUGUGGCCAUGCGUGAGAUCUAUGACUUCAUGGAUGAACUGAAGCCCCACAGGAAGCUGGGCCAGCAGGCCUGGCUGGUGGCGGCCAUCACAGUCACAGAGCUGCUCAUCGUGGUGAAGUAUGACCCGCACACACUCACCUUGUCACUGCCCUUCUACAUCUCCCAGUGCUGGACUCUUGGCUCCAUCCUGGUGCUUACGUGGACUGUCUGGCGCUUCUUUCUGCGGGACAUCACCAUGAGGUACAAGGAGAGUCACCAGGGCAGAGCCAUUAACAAUGGGGAUUGGCACCCAGGGCCGGAUGAUGACCUGCUAGGGACUGGGACUGCAGAGGAAGAGGGGACCACCAAUGACAGUGUACCUGCUGAAAAGGAGGGGGCCUCAGCCGCUUCAUGA